AUGGAAGAAGCACUAAAGAUACAUGCUUUAUUAGCUCAAAUAGUAGAAACAAAACAAAGAGCCCUAAGUGCUCUUCUCUGGAUGGUGGAAGCCGAAUUCUGGCAUCGUGUAGGGGUUAAUUAUCUGUUUGUUCCCUGGAUUUCUUGGCUUCUUUUGCUUCAAUCCGCGCCCUUUCUUGCUCCAAAGACUGUAUCCUACCUUGUCCUUUGGUGGGUAUUUGCAGUUCCAAUAGUGGCACUUGAUGUUAAAAUUUAUGGCCAAUGGUUCACCAAAGGAAAGAGGUUUCUGCCAACUUUUGCAAAUCCAACAAGCCAGCUAUCAGUCAUUGGAAACUUGGUUGGUGCUCAAGCUGCAGCUAAUAUGGGGUGGAAAGAGAGUGCUGUUUUCUUGUUUUCCCUUGGCAUGGUCCAUUAUUUGGUGCUGUUUGUUACACUUUAUCAGCGUUUACAUGGUGGUGACAGGCUUCCAGCUAUGUUAAGGCCAGUUUUUUUCUUGUUCUUUGCAGCACCAAGUAUGGCAAGCUUGGCUUGGGAGUCCAUAAAUGGAGCUUUUGAUACUGCAUCAAAGAUGCUCUUCUUUCUCUCCCUCUUCCUCUUCACGUCUCUGGACAAAACCGUACAACUGGUGAAGAUCUGUAGACCUAAUCUCUUCAAGAGAUCUAUGAGAAGGUUCAAUGUUGCAUGGUGGGCUUACUCGUUCCCGUUGACUGUCCUUGCACUCGCUUCGAGGGAUUACGCAGAAGAAGUGAAAGGAGGCAUUGCAAAUGCUUUAAUGCUUCUGCUUUCUGGGCUCUCCGUCUUGGUCUCACUUGGUUUGGCAGUAUUUACAGUGUUUAAAACUAAAAUGCUUUUGCCCGAUAAUGAUCCAAUCUCAAGUCUUCUCAAUCAGCUGCCAAGGACAGCAUGA